GACGACCCGGGUUAAAUUCUAAUAUCUCGACGAAUAAAAGGCGCCUGGGAGCCCGGGGAUUGGUUGUGAAACAUAUAUUCCCAGAACAGAAGUCGGGAGGGUCCGCUGCGGGUAACCCGGAGUAAAGGGCGUGGGAAGAAAGAGAGCAAUCAUGGCCUCGUCCACUUUUGCGCUCGAGGGGGGUCACGUAGCGAAUUCUUCGAAUUCUUCGGCCUCUUACAGCUCUCCUACCGCUCGCCACCUCAACAGGAACCCGACCCUGAACAAGACGACGUACGGCAAUGGCGACAACAACAACAACAACAACAAGGACAACACGACCCUGCAUGCCCAUCGCCAGAACCACAAUUCGUCCAAACUACCUGCUUUCCGCUUUGCCGACCUGAAAAAGGAAGCGCUGUCUCUGCCAGGUCUUUUGCAACAGAACGCCCCGCCCUCUCCCUUAUCGCCGUCGACCAUUUCGGGCCACUGCAGCCCCGAAGAAUCAGCCGACAACAGGCACGAUCCAGACUCGCACGACUCGCAUAAGCAGUGCCAGCAAAGCCUGCAAAUCGCUGUGUCACCACGACAAAACAAUCUCCACAGCGCCAAAACAGCCGCCUCGCCCGCAUCCAACCCUUCCGCACCCGUCAUUUCACAGCAUCCCCAAUCCAGCCCAUCUAGAAAUCGCGCUUCUACUUUCCAGGACUCGUCGUCCCCAAACUCUCGUACAGUCCCGUUGACCGCGAGGCGACCUGCCUCAUUUCCCGACUCUCCCGCCGUCGUUGUCAAAAUUAACGGCCACGAUCUCCCUUCUUCGUCCCUGGGCUCAACUCGUUCGCGCGCCGAAGAGUCGGGGCAGGCCUCGCCAACCGCGGAUAAUACAAAGGACUGGGCGCAAGGCCAGAGAGAGCUGCUGCUGCCCAAAUCGAUAGAUAGCGCAAAGACCGAUGAGAAGAAGAAGUCACGCCCGCCUGUCUCCUUCAGAGCACCGAAUAUCCCCGGCUCUUCAGGCCGCGCCGUCAUUCCUCCCAUCCGAUCGUUUCGGUCCUCUGGAUCCCGCAAGAGCCUUGUUCUCGACAUGCAUGCCAGACGAACGUCAUACGAUUCCGGGGAAGAGGCCGACGACCCACACCACCGCGACCGCACGCUAAGAGCCUUAGAGGGCAGGUCCGACGACGACUUCUCGCAGAUCACCCCUCCAGAUUCGGCCGGGGCGAUGUCAGGCAACGAGAACACGGCCGACAUAUUCAUGAGAAUCGCCAGCGAAAACCCCGCGCAUAGAGUCAAUGACGGGAUGGGCUCGGCAGAGGACCACAGUGCGGUUUCUCGAAUUACGCGAUCCACCCGUACACGGCCGCUCUCGGCCGCCAUCCCAUCAUACCAAGCCUCCCCGCCGCAGAUAUCUCGACGUCUUUCCGACCAGCGCGAGAAUACGAGGAAUCGCCGAACAGCAGAUGACCGGUCGGCCCAGCAAAUGACCAGAGAACUCAAUUACCGAGGGAUCCCAAAAGAUCAACCCACAACGAACUCGCAGAUCGGGGAAGGUUCGAAUCGAUCGCAGCUUGCGAGGGUUUCUCUUAGACCCUCGCCAAUCACCCCGCGAACGCUGACCUUCCAAGAACCUUUCGCCGAUGGAAGCUCCGCAUAUUCACAGAGGAGGCCGUCGUUGACCGACAGCAACUCUGGGCUGGCGUCCCGGACUUCACAGUAUAGGACCCCAAACUUGUUGUAUGGCCAAGGACGGACGUACAACUCAUCACCGUUAGCCGCGAGGUCUUCGGACCCUCAGAGGCAGGAUGCUCAGCAGGCACCUGAGGCGAGCCAUGGGUUGGAAGGAACCGAGUCAUCGGCCUCCACCGCCGCUCCAUCUACCGUAUGGGAUGAGCUAGACGACCUCAAAUCACGCAUCUACCGUCUGGAGCUGACGGGCAAGGCGCCAUCGACCUCUGGAGCGGCCAUGUCGAGAGUGUCUGACGAGCGACCCCCGACAGCCACAACUAACGCGACGACCAUGUCGGCUUCCCCAAAGCGAGGAUCAGGCACAAGUGCAGCUCAAGCCGAUGCGAGCAGUACCACCUCAUCACAAAGGGAGGCACAACCCAUCCUCCGCUCGGCGCUGUCCAAGACCAAAGGAUUUGUCAGUUUGGAUGUGUAUAGCGCAAUCGAGUUGGCAGCAACGGAGGCGCUCGCCCUAUCAUCCAUGAUGGGCACGCCUGGCCAGCUGGGCCCCAUCUCCAGCGGCGCAAGCACGAUUGGUGCUGGCGGGAGCGUCACAGACAGACAGCUGCGCCGCAAGGCAGAAAGUAUCUGCCGAAGUUUAACAGAAUUGUGUCUGGCAUUGACUGAGUCAUCGUCGCAAUCCAAGCUACCACAGGGUAACUCGACCCCGCGGGAGCAGGAUGCGGUCGCCAGUCCAACUGUCACCAGUCCGACAGUCACGAAAUUCUCCACAGGUGUGAACCAGCGACGACCGAGCAUCACGGAUCAACCUCCGACGAGGGUCAACUCUAGCCCUCGGGCUGGGACGAGCCUCGAGCAGAGGCGCACUACUCUGCUGGUCUCAGCGGCACUGCCAAGCCCCCGGUUUGCCGCCGGCCCUGGAACGCCAACGGAUGUUGGUCGGAAAUCGUCCCUUAUGUUGGCACGAACUCGCCGAGGCGGGACCGAAGAACCCGAGGAGCCGUCGGGAAGGAAAUCUUCGCUGCUGCUCAGGACACGCCGGGCAGCGACAGAGGAGCCAGAGGAGGGCCGCAAGACGUCUCUGCUCCACGUACGACGAGGUACGAACGACGAUGACGAGGAUGAGGAAGCCAGGUUUCGGGCCCCGUCUCGAGCUGCUACCGAAGUCAAUGGCCUCCGGACCGCCCCUCGGGAGUAUCCUGCCCCAGGGCCAGCACCAGAAGGCACCGCUCUAGGAUCGUCCGCUUUGCCACGUCGCCGUUUCGCCUCGUCCACCUUGAGCUUCAGACCGACUGGCCCCUCAGCGGCUACUGGUCCUGCUAGUCCUGCCGGUCGCCGCUAUCUCGACAGGUCGAUGCCCGAGCGAGAAACCAACAGUGUCAUGGAGAAGUUGGCCGAAGAUAGGGGGCAACGACAGCUCUCCCUCAGCCAAACCGCCAUGCUCAAUCGAACCGGAAGCAUGAGCCGACGACGUAACAGCGGCAUUCCCAGCCUGCCGUCUGCCAGCAUGCAGGCGGGAUCAUAUCGAUGAUAAUGACAAACACCAGCAUCAGAAGGAUUAUGCCCUUUACGAUCGCACCAUCUUCACGAAUGUACCACCUUUAGAUAUCUGUUCAUCAUGCGCGGGGCGUUUUUUCCCUUCUUUUUCUCUCACUCUCACUCUUCCCUGCAAGAUUAUGCAUGAAACACACGACAUUAACGAGUCGGAGUCGAUUCAUUUCUCGAUGGCCACCUUUUAUCGGCUUUCAUGG